AUGAUCAUCCCUGAAAGAGGGUUGAGACAGGGGGACCCGAUCUCGCCCUUCCUGUUCGUUCUCUGUACUGAAGGUUUAUCACAUCUUCUGCAUAAGGCUCAACAAGAUGGAUCCUUGGAAGGGAUUGGUUUUUCUACUCAAGGACCGAUUAUCCAUCAUCUUUUGUUCGCAGAUGAUAGUAUGUUUCUGUGUAAGGCAGAGAGGGAUCAAUGCUUAAAACUCCAGAGCAUCCUUACUUCCUAUGGCGCAGUUACUGGCCAAACGAUCAACUUGCUCAAAUCGUCCAUCUCCUUUAGAAAAAAAGUGGAGAUGUUGAGCUACAUAAAGGACAGUAUGAAAGGAAAACUGUCCAACUGGUAUUCGAGAUCACUAUCUCAAGGAGGAAAAGAGAUUAUGUUGAAAUCAGUGGCUUUAUCCAUGCCAGUCUUCGCCAUGUCUUGUUUCAAGCUUCCUCAAGCUACAUUCAAAAAUCUAUCCAGUGCAUUGGCUGACUAUUGGUGGAGUGCUUGCGAGCAUUCAGGAAAGAUUCAUUGGCAAAGUUGGGAAUAUCUAUGUCUUCCUAAGAGCCUUGGAGGCAUGGGUUUUAGGGAUAUUGGUCUUUUCAAUCAAGCGCUUCUAGCCAAGCAAGCUUGGAGGGUCUUGCAUUUCCCUGAGUGCUUACUUGCUAGACUGUUUAAGAGUAGAUACUUUCCGAAAGGUGAGUUUCUAAAUUCCGGGCUAGAGAACAAACCAUCCUUUGGUUGGAGAAGCGUUUCUUUUGGAAAAGAUUUGCUCUUGGAAGGCUUGGAAAAAAGAGUUGGAAACGGGGCGUCCACAAAGGUUUGGUGUGAGCUGUGGAUCGAGAAUGGUCGUCGAGCGCCUCUGAUGAAAAACCCAAGUGUCAAUAUUGAUCUUUUGGUGAAAGAGCUCAUUGAUGAGGAUAGUAGAAGAUGGGACAAAGCUAUCCUCGCGGAUUUGUUUUACCCUGAAGAUGUGACAAGCAUUUUGGCGAAUCAGCCUGUGUGA